UUCUAGAAUUGAAGACAAUAAUGCGCAGUUUUGCAGGUGGAAAAUACGGCUUUGUGUUUUUAGUUGCACGCCACGAAUAAAAGCAACUAUAACAACAGCUCAUAAGCAUAUUCAAGUCGGAGCAUAUAACAAAAAUAAUUAAACUUUGUUAAGCUGGCUAUUUUAAUUAAUUGACCCGUAUGUUUCAAUGUCUAUGAAUUGUGAUCUAUAUUAGGUUGCGUCUAAUUUUUUUCAAACUUGAAUAUUUUUAAAAUGCAGGCGAUACUAUUAACCAAAUUUUAGCUAGGUUAAUUAUUAAGAAGUAGCAUUUUAAAGCAGACGCAAACACAUGCAGCUAGAAACAGUGGAAACUUCGACCACUUGAAUCAUUCACACCUCUGAGAAUCGAGAUUUGAAGAACCAAAAUAUGAAGCUCUAUCUAUCCGUUUUUCUAUUUGUCUCGUGCCAAUGUGUUGUAGAAGUUAUAAGUGGACAAACCUUGCAAAAGCGGCGACUGUUGAGCAAAAAAGUAGUGAGAAAAGUAUCGGUAAAAAGUAUACGAUCUUGCAUUGACGAAUGCCACCAAGAGCCUCGGUGCAAUAGCAUAAACUUUAAGCUUGUUGGUGACGUGAAUUGUGAGAUGAACGAAGAGGAUUCCUCGACAGUUGCACUGGUCCCUGAUGAUUAUAACAUUUACUACACCAACGACAAACAAAAAACGAAGCCACCCACACCCCCUCCUCCUGUGGUUAUCUACAGAUCAUGCGCAGAACUAAAAGCCGCCCGCCCGUCGACCCCGAGCGGAAAUUACGCCAUGCGUGUCAGAGGGUUUAAGAGAACCAUCUACUGUGACAUGGAAACAUCAGGAGGGGGAUGGUCACUCGUCGUGUCAAUCAGCGCCUCGAGCAGGAACCAUAUUCUCCGUCAUGCGCACAACUGCUUCAACAGCUCCUUGUGCGUGCCAAAGGAGUCGGGAACUCUCCCUGUUCGCAAGCAUUCGGAUGAAGACAUUCGCGCCCUGGCUUUUUACGAAGGAACAUUUCGCCUAGAGGCCGCAGGUCGCCGAAUCAACUAUUACCGGAUAGUCGAAGGACCAGAUGCAUUUGAUGCGGGAUGCAACAAUGGAUUAAGGUGCCCUAGGAUUAUCGUCUCGUUCUCCUACCCUUAUGCGUGGGAGUCUAACUGUUUCGGUGUGGAAGAUGGGUUCUCGGUCUAUCGUGACGACUGUUAUUUUGUGUUUGACAGUCACGAUUCUGGGGAGUGCAAUGGUGUGCCAUGGAUUGCUAGUCGUUACCAUACUGAUCGACUUCUAUACAACCUCUGCGGCUCUAAUGGGUUCUUUCCCAACAUCCAGGGAUAUAUGUACGUGCGAUAGCCGAGCAAUUCACAAGGACAAAGGAAUACUAGUGAAAUAGAAUAGAACGUGCACGCAGGUCUUACAUUAGAUAGAAUUUAUUAGAAAAGAAAAAAAAUGUAUAAAGAACAUUAGCUAAGUAAUUACUUCACUGUAUCUUAAGAUUACGGGGUGCCUUCUAUCGAAAAACAUUUUUUUCAUUUCAUUUCAUCAAACAUAGCAAAAAAAUAAGAUUGUCGUAUUCCCCAUUAUUAAGCUUUUCCAAUUACAUAUAUCAUGAGCAUAUUCGAUUAAAUCUGACGCGCGUAUCGACAUUUUUUCCACGAUACUUUGGGUUUUUCGGCGUCCCGCGGGCUAAAGGGACUCCAGUAACCUUACGGGCGUUCAUAUUUUACGGGGCGUCCCCUCUAAUCCUACUUUUGCCUGUGGGCUUUGACGCGCUGGAUGGCUGAAUACGUGUCUUUGCCUCAGACUUCUACACAUACCACUAUAUGCCUGAAACAUUAGUAUAAAAAAGCUGAAUCUAUUAUGUAAUGCUCCGUGUUAGAACUAGGCAACGGCAAAUGGCAAAUGCACGCUGGCAUGUCAAAAAUGCCUUUGGUUAUUCUAGAAAUUUGAUUGGCCAAGACAAAACAUUAUAGCAUAAUAUAUAGAUAACACAACAUGAUUCAUAAUAUUUUUUAAAUAUUUUGGUUAUAGGGUUAAUUAAUGUCUGAUCCAGCUUUGCAGGUAAAUUUUAUGUGGGGAACCUUAUAACCUUAUAUAGACAAUUACAAGCUAUUGUUCUGGCUUCUUCUGAUUGGUUCACCACAGAAAAUCACCUAUAAGGUAUACAGCAAAGAACAUGUUUCACGCAAUAUCUUCAGAAUUUUACUGUCUUCUAUAUGUCCUGCAUGUAUGUUUGGUAUAAAAAAGAUCCUAAGUGUGAAAACAAUAAUAAAGCUUUUUGCCGCAUUCCAAUGGGACUUUGCCUGGUUCUUACACGGAGCGUUACUUUAAGUAUAUAAUUUAUACAUCUAUUAUAAAUAAGGUCGCACUACGAGAAUCCAUGUAUGUAUUGUAACCCGCAGUGCUUCGUGGUUGAAAUUAGCCAAUAAGCCAACUUAAUUAACUAAAAA